UCCCGAUCCACUGUCGCACCACCUCCAGCUGGGCUAAAGUGUCCGGACUCUCCCAGAACCUUGCGGAUGGACUGCUAUCUUUUUUUCUGUGUGCGGCCGUUGUGGAGCUAGCCUGACCUGCCCCGGGCAUUCCGAGGCCCUGAUGUUCCCAUGGGUGUCCAGGGUCUGACCACCUUUGUUGAGGGGAACAGAAACCUCCUCCCAAAUGUGAAGUUCAGGGACAGUCGUCUUGUGAUUGAUGGCUGCAGUUUGUACUUCCGCCUCUACUUUAACAGCGGUUUGGACCAAGUUCAUGGAGGGGACUAUGAUGCCUUCACUUCCCUUCUCACCCAGUUCUUCUCUGCAUUGGCAGCCUGUAACAUCCAACCAUAUGUGGUUCUGGAUGGAGGGAUGGACCCCAGUGACAAGAAGUUUGCCACUCUGCGGCAGCGUCUGCAGUCCAAGAUAAAGGAGGCGGAUAGUCUCUGUCACGGUCGUCAUGGCUCAGUUCUCCCAAUCCUCACAAGGGAUGUUUUCAUUCAGGUUCUCCGGCAGUUAGGAGUCCCUCUGGUCCAGUGCCCAGCUGAAGCAGACUGGGAGAUUGCAUGUUUGGCUCAUCAGUGGAAGUGCCCCGUUCUGAGCAAUGACAGUGACUUUUACAUCUUUGACUUGCCAGGUGGAUACUUGCCACUCAAUUUUUUCCACUGGACCAACCUUAAUGGUAAAGCGUCUCAACGUUACAUCUCGGCUCGAUGCUACACCGCCAGUGGACUCUGCAGGUGGUUUGGGAGCAUGAACCAGGAGUUACUGCCUUUGUUUGCUGUCCUUAAUGGUAAUGAUUAUAGCCCUCCAAAAGAUGUUGAAACCUUCCUUGCUAAGAUAGAUGUGAGUGUAAAGGGAGGGGGUGGUGGCAGAGGCAGAGGCGGUGCACCGUCCCGCAUCGAGAUGAUCCUGCUCUGGUUGUCCGUUUUCUCAGGUCCAGCUGAGGUACUGGAGGAAGUCAGCAUGUUUAUGGGGGAGGCUGAAGGUAGAGGGGGGGGAGGGAGAAACAGAAGAGGACAGAUGAGUGGGCUUAGUUCACAGCUGUGGGCAGGUAUGCAGGAGUACAACAUUUCCGCUCAGAGCUCUUUAGCUCACUGGUUCUCUAGAGGUGAAGUAGUCCUAAGAGGGCCAACCUCGAGGCUGGCUAAACUACCAGAGUGCCUUCAACAUGCUGCUGCUCAGGGGAUGUUGAAUCCUUUGGUCAUGGAUGCUUUGAUGAUGCACAGGGUCCUGCUUAUCCCACAGGUGGAGAACAGCAAGCUAGCAAGUAGCCAUUGUUGUGCAAGAGCAAUACGCCAGGCUAUAUAUGGGAUAUUACUACAGCCAGGCCAGGACCAUGUGAUUCAAGGGAGGGGUGAAGACGGUCAGUUAACAAUGGGACGAGGAGGUCCUGCCCAACCACAGGGUAUGAGAGGUGGAAGGGGUCCUGUAGGCAGAGGACGGGGAGGUGGUGUAAAUGUAAAUGCGAGGGGUUGGAGUCAGGGUCAGAUUCUGCCCCCACAGCAGUGGGAAAACAUAGGAUAUAACCGUGCACAAGCAGCUUUGCCAGGCCAGGCUCAGGGAUGUAGCGCCCCAGUGUGUGUGGAGGAGUAUGACCGCCUGGACUUGAACCUGAAGAAGAACCAAGUGGAAGCACUUCAGCUCAGAAAUCCGCUACAUCUGGAUGCAAUAGGACAGGCUCCUCCAGCGGUGCGUCUUGCUGCUCUGUUAGAAGUGGUAGGUGUGACCGAAUCUGUGCUGGCUCCUGUUCCUCUUCACCUCAGGCUGGCUGUGGCAGUAACAGGCUUCUGGCUGCGAGAGGCUCAGCCAAAACCCUCACAGCUUCAGCUCCAUGCUCUGGUGCUGAGUUUGGUGUAUGGAGAGCUGUCCCAGAAUCUCCAGCCAGAUCCAACUCACCAGCGCCAACCCUCUGGCCAGCAGCUACACUGGGAGGCAGAGCGCAAUGUGUGGGCAGGGAUGGAUCGCCAGCAUGUGAGGCCGGGGGAGAGAAGGGGCUUGGAUGUGGGAGACGCUCAUAGUUUGAGUCAGUGGCAGGCCUGCCUCUGGACCGCACUGUGCCUCAAUCAGCUGUUGCUGCUGCCACUGCCUGAACCCCAUCUGUCCGGGGUCUUUAGCGGUACCUUGGUGCAUGGCCUCCUCCGGUAUCUAAAAGGAGGCCGAUCUGCUGAAUCCCUCCUGGCCGGAGGUUCCUGGUCCACACAACUUUACUCAUCACUGUUAAAUGCUGUGAUGAAGUGCAGCUUUAAAGGCCAUCCAUCUUCCUCUGCAUCGAGGAGGGGGAGGAGAGGUGGAGGUCGUGGGAGGAGAGGAAGAGGAGGACGAGGAAGAGGCAGAGGUGGAAGAGGAGCUGGGAGAGGAAGGGGCAGCGUUGAGGAGAUGAACAACAGAUUUGCACUCCUAAUGAGCGACGAAGAGUUUGAUGAUGACUGAUUGUAAAACCGAAGGGAACUGGUUGAUAUCAAGUACUUAAUUUGGGGCCAAAUGAAGGACACAUUCCAGUACGCUCAGGGGAAGUAGUCCUGUCAAAUAAGAACAUCUUAAUGGUUACCACAUUUAUUUACUGUAAUUUAACCAAUACCUGCUUUUGAUCAUAACAUUUUCUAAGGUUGUAUCUGACUAGCUUUCCAAAGUGCACACAUUUUUAUGCAGAUUUCUGAAAGCUUUUUAAAGCUAUACCUUAUGAUGUGGCAUUUUUACACUUUUCUUUUGUCAUCUUAAAAUGCUCCUAAUAAGCGUGUGUCAAACUAAAAUGUAGAAGAAAUCCACCAGGUAUUGAAACUCAAAAAUGUUUAAUUCUCAUAUA